AUAUGGGGGAAGGAAUCGAUCUACCGGCAAUCGACAGUUGGUCUCGCGGAAUCGAUUGACGUUUAGUCCUGCGGAGGAAUCGACGAAUGCCUGAGUUGACCUGCCUGGAUCGAUUUCUUCCUGCUCAUUCCUCCCAUCCCCGGCGUUGAGCGAGCAGCAGCAGCAGCAGCGGCAUCGUACAGAUGUGGCCCGCCCCGGAGCCUCUGAGCCAGCAGCAGCUGCGCCGCCUGGAGCUGCACCGCUACAGCGCGAGCGGCCGCUCGGUGCUGGAGGGCGGCGGCCUGCACGCCUGGUGGUGCUGGCUCGUGGCCCGGACCCCGCUGUGGCUCGCGCCGAACCUCAUCACCCUCGGCGGACUCGCCUGCAACGCCGCCACCACGCUCCUGCUCGUCGCGCUCUGCCCCACGGCCACCGAGGCGGCUCCCCGCUGGGUUUACGCCUUCUGCGCGCUUGGACUCUUUAUCUAUCAGUCCCUGGACGCCAUCGACGGGAAGCAGGCCCGACGCACGGGCUCCUCCUCGCCACUAGGAGAGCUCUUUGACCACGGCUGCGAUGCCAUCUCCACCGUGCUCCUGGCGAUGGGCGUGGUGGUGACGCUGCGGCUGGGCACCGACUGUGACCUCCUCUUCCUCCUCUUCUUCCUGGGCGUCUUCAUGUUCUACUGCGCCCAUUGGCAGACCUACGUCACCGGCACCAUGCGCUUCGGCAAGAUCGACGUGACGGAGGUGCAGCUCGUCAUUGUGGGCAUCUUCCUCCUGGCUGCCGCUUGUGGGCCUGACGUGUGGGACCACCGUGUGCCCGUGCUGGACAUGCGUCUCAAGCUGGUGCCUGUGCUGCUCGAGGUGCUCGCCUCCUUCUUCACCUGCAUCACCAACUUCCGAAUUAUCUUCACCGGCGGCGUCGGCAAGAACGGCUCCACCAUCGCGGGCACCAGUGUGAUCUCGCCCGCGUUCCAUAUCGGCACCGUGGUCGUGCUGGCCGCCAUGAUCGCCAAGAAGUCUCCGUCGAGUCUUUUUGAGCGCAACCCGUGCCUCUACAUCCUCACGUUCGGCUGUGUGGCCGCCAAGAUCACCAACAAGCUCGUGGUGGCUCACAUGACGCGCAGUGAGAUGUUCCUGCAAGACACGGCGUUCCUGGGGCCAGGCCUCCUCUUCCUCAACCAGUACUGCAACUGCUUUGUCGAUGAGUUUACGGUACUCUGGAUUGCACUGGUGUUGUCCAUGAGUGACCUGCUGUGCUACUGUGUCGCUGUUUGCCAUCAGAUUUCCAAGCACCUUCGCAUCCACGUGUUCACGAUCACACCCCCCGUCGCACACACCUCCACUGACCAGCACACACACUGACGUCACCACUCACCACCACCACUCACCACCACACACACCAUCACUCACCACCACUCACACCU